AUGGACGGAGAUUCUAAGGAAUCUAAGUCAACACAGUAUUUAAAAGUACAAAAAAUGACUUCAGAAGAAAAAAGCCCAUGUACACCUGCUGAUUCUACACGCUCGAAGCAAGGUGCUACAAAGCAAAAAAAGAUGAAAGAUAUUUCCUAUACUAAGUUUAUUGCUGAGAGUGACAGUCUAAUUCGAUACUGCACUCGUUUUUCUUCUUCACCGAUUCAAGAUAACUCUGAAUCGGUAUUAGAAAUCAAAAAAGAAAAUGUAAGCAAUUUCUGGACACGUCUCCAAGCUGCGUAUGCCGCAAUUGUAGAAUCUGACGAAUCAGAUCUACCUGAAAAUUUCAAAUCUUCAGCAUACUCCAAAUAUGAACACUGCUUAGACCAGUACGAGGAAACGAGAGCUAUGAUCUCCGACAAAUUGAGAUUAUUUAAAGCAAUUGCACCUACUCCACAACCGAGAGUAGAGCUGCCACAAGUGCAAAUCCAAGAGGCGAGUUCAGGCAUCCACCUCAAGGUGCCCGCCUGUGACACUGAAAUUUUUCAUGGUGGCUAUGAACAAUGGCCGUCCUUCCGGGACAUGUUCACAGCCGUUUACAUAAACCACCCAAAAUUAUCUAAUGCACAAAAAUUGUAUCACCUCCGAUACAAAACAAAAGGUCAAGCAGGGGUAUUAGUCAAACAGUUCGCUCUUAAUGACGAAAAUUUCAAUUAUGCUUGGGAAGCCCUAAAAGCUCGUUACGAGAACGAAAGGAUAUUAGUAGACAAACAAGUCACAAUAUUGAUGAAUUUACCAAAAAUUCAAAAAGAAACAAGUGAAGAAUUUAUAAAACUUCAAUCCACUGUUUCUAAUUGCUUGUCGGUUCUAGCGACACAGAAUAUUCCCACAGACAAUUGGGACCCCAUUCUGGUAAAUAUAUGCACAUCCGCAUUACCAGAAAAAUCGUUACUUCUGUGGGAGCAAUCACUCUCAUCACGAAGAAAGUGCCCAACGUGGCAACAAAUGAACGAUUUCUUAACUUCUCUUCUUAAUUGGCGUAGACACCGCUUACGCGAUUAUAGCCGAGUUAACAACCGCGCGCCAGUCGUUUCUUCUUUUCGCUACGUGGCGCCAAUUGGAUAUUCCAAGCGAAGCCAGGUCCUUCUCCACUUGGUCCUUCCAACGGAGUGGAGGUCUUCCUCUUCCUCUGCUUCCCCCGGCGGAUACUGCGUCGAAUACUUUCAGAGCUGGAGUGUUUUCGUCCAUCCGGACAACAUGACCUAGCCAGCGUAGCCGCUGUCUUUUAAUUCGCUGAACUAUGUCAUUGUCGUCGUAUAUCUCGUACAGCUCAUCGCUCCAUCGAAUGCGAUAUUCGCCGUGGCCAACGCGCAAAGGACCAUAAAUUUUUCGCAGAACUUUUCUCUCGAAAACUCGCAACGUCGACUCAUCCGUUGUUGACAUCGUCCAAGCCUCUGCACCAUAUAGCAGGACGGGAAUUAUGAGCAACUUAUAGAGUUUGGUUUUUGUUCGUCGGGAGAGGACUUUACUUUUCAAUUGCCUACUCAGUCCGAAGUUGCACCUGUUGGUAAGACUUAUCCUGCGUUGGAUUUCUAGGCUGACAUUGUUGGUGUUGUGUACGCUGGUUCCAAGAUAGACGAAAUUAUCUACAACUUCAAAGUUAUGACUGUCAACAGUGACGUGAGUGCCAAGUCGCAAGUGCGACGACUAUUUGUUUGAUGACAGGAGAUAUUUCGUCUUGCCCUCGUUCACUGCCAGACCCAUUUCUUUUGCUUCCUUGUCCAGUCUGGAGAAAGCAAAACUAACGGCGCGGUUGUUGAGGCCGAUGAUAUCAAUAUCAUCGGCAUACGUCAGCAGUUGUACACUCUUAUAGAAGAUGGUACCUUCUCUGUUGAGUUCUGCAGCUCGAACUAUUUUCUCCUGAAGCAGGUUGAGAAAGUCGCACGAUAGGGAAUCGCCUUGUCUGAAACAUGGUUUGGUAUCGAACGGCUCUGAGAGGUCCUUCCCUAUUCUGACGGAGCUUUUCGUGUUGCUCAACGUCAGCUUACACAGCAGUACUAGUUUUGCGGGGAUACCAAAUUCAGACUUCGCGGCAUAAAGGCAGCUCCUUUUCGUGCUGUCGAGAGCAGCUUUGAAAUCGACGAAGAGGUGGUGUGUGUCGAUUCUCCUCUCACGGGUGUUUUCCAAUAUUUGGCGCAUGGUGAAUAUCUGGUCGGUUGUUGAUUUACCAGGUCUAAAGCCACACUGAUAAGGUCCAAUCAGUUUGUUGACGGUAGGCUUUAAUCUUUCACACAAUACGUUCGACAAAACCUUAUAUGCGAUGUUGAGGAGGCUAUACCACGGUAGUUGGCGCAGAUUGUGGGGUCUCCUUUUUUAUGGAUUGGGCAUAGCACACUUAAAUUCCAAUCGUUGGGCAUACUUUCGUCCGACCAUAUUUUGCAAAGAAGCUGAUGCAUGCCCCUUAUCAGCCCUUCGCCGCCGUGUUUGAAUAGCUCGGCCGGCAAUCCAUCGGCCCCCGCCACUUUGUAGUUUUUCAGGCGGGCAAUUGCUAUUCGAACUUCUUCAUGGUCAGGCAAUGGAACGUCUGCUCCAUCGUCAUCGGGUAUCAGGUUCGCCUUCUCCUGGCGUUGUACGUUCACUGCCAUUCAGCAGGCUGGAGAAGUGUUCCCUCCAUAAUCUAAGUAUGCUUUGGGCAUCGGUGGCUAGAUCACCUUUGGGGGUUCUACAGGAGUAUGCUCCGGCCUUGAAACCUUCUGUAAGCCGCCGCAUUUUUUCGUAGAAUUUUCGAGCAUUACCCCUGUCGGCCAGCUUAUCAAGCUCUUCGUACUCACGCAUUUCGGCCUCUUUCUUCUUCUGUCUGCAAAUGCGUCUCGCUUCCUUCUUCAACUCUCGGUAUCUAUCCCAUCCCGCACAUGUUGUGGUCGAUCGUAACGUUGCGAGGUAGGCAGCCUGUUUUCUCUCCGCUGCGACACGGCACUCCUCGUCGUACCAGCUGUUCUUUUGCACUUUCCAAAAACCAAUGGUUUCAGUUGCAGCUAUACGUAAGGAGUUUGAAAUGCCGUCCCACAGUUCCCUUAUACCGAGUUGUUGACGAGUGCUGUCAGAGAGCAGGAGUGCAAGCCGAGUAGAAAAUCGUUCCACUGUCUGUUGUGAUUGCAGCUUUUUAUAUAUGUAUACAUAUGCAAUAUAUAACAGCUAUACACAUAAAUUUUGCUAGAGGAACGAAAACCAUUAUAUUUAGUAUAUUAACAUGUCACUUACUAUAAAACUAAUCAUAUAGUGUAAAGUCAGCUGGAUCGUCGAAAAUCAUCAUACUAGUUAUAUGGAGAGUAAUUCAAGUUUUCGCUCAAACGUAUCCAUUUUAAGCACAAAAAUACAAUGUUAUGAGUAAACAGGCUAGUUCAUUUCGAUUUUCUUUAAAUUUGGUACAUUGGGGCUAACGGAAGUAUUGGCCUUAUUCAACCCGUUUUUGGCAUACAGACUUUCCAUUGUCAGAAAAGUACUAUCCCUGAAUUCCAAUUACAUAUUUCAGUCACUGACCGAUAUUUUCGAACAAGAGUCAACUUUAGGUCAACCUAGGUACUAUUCCGUACGUAGAUGCUUGAGCGGAUUUCGCUGGAUUUGCACAAUUUUUGGUCAUAAGGUGGCAUACACUAAAGUUUAAUUCCGUUCUGUUAAUUGCUUCUUGAUUUGUGCACUGGAAAGUAAAAUAAUCAAGCGGAAUUUAAAACGGUGUUAUAUUAAAAGAAGGUGUGAUCAUUGUCCGAUUUCGCCCAUUUUCACAACGUGUUAAGAAUAUGAAUAGAGGAUGGAGUCAGGUCUAGAAGUUCACGCAAGUGAGGAAAGUUCUCUGAUCGCCAUUCACUUAGGAGUGGCCAGAAAAGAUUCUUUAACAUGAGGCUCAAGCAGCUCACGACUUCCGGUCUCUGGCCAAGUAUCUUCUGGGUAGCCUAAGAACAUCCGUUUGAAGGCGAGCUAAAGUGAGAAGGCGAAAUAUCCCCUACAUAGGGUUGUGCGCUGGGUUUGGGACCCAGCCCACUUCUCCAGCUUGCUGAAUGGAAAUGAACGUACAACGCCAGGAGAAGGCGAACCCGAUUCCCCAAUCGAUGACAAUGGAGCAGACUUUCCAUUGCUUGACCAUGAAGAAGUUCGAAUAGCAAUUAUCCGUCUAAAGGACAACAAAGCGGCGGUGACGGAUGGAUAGAUUGCCGGCCUUGCUAUUCAUACACGGCAGCGAAGAACUGAUAAGGAGCAUGCAUCAGCUUCUGAAUAUUUGGGUGCCCAACUAAUUGGGAAGCACACACCUCUGUAUUUAAGUAUUUUAUGAGUCACUAAAAUUCGCGAUUGCUGUUACUAAAUAAGACGCAUUCUUUCAGCUGAAUAAGUUAUAAUUUAUUUUGACACAAAUUCCUGUUACAAUAAAUGCCAAACUUAAUUAAAUUAAAACAAGUGCUUAGUUUUAUAUAUGUAAUCUGAGAUAUGUAAUUCGGCUUACUGUUGAUGAAGUUACAAGGCGAUCGUCAGAUAUUUAGUGAUGGAGAAUUGCUCCAUAUUUGCAUCUUUGUGUAGAAAAGUUUUUUUCGUUUCAUAUGAAUUUUAAUAUGCGUCUUGGUGUUUGAGAUAAACACCUUUAAUUUGCUUGUUUAUUUAAUGUUACUGAUGACUUAUUAUAUAUGCGAGUUUUUUCUUUUAUCCGUUUAUUGUGCGUUUUAUUUAUUAUUUGACUUUUCUAUGUUUUUUGCGAUUGUUGCAAAUUUUUGAUUUUUUGAUUGGCUUACUAAGGACCACAACUCUGUAUAUGCUCAGGUAUGGCCUAAGUGGGUGCGCCUUUGAAAACAUACCCUGGGGUUAGGACAGUUAUAUGAGAGGAAUCUUGCGAGCGUACAGUGAAUGGCCGUGAAUUGAAAUCGGCUUCGAUUCUUGUUAAUACUGUACACAAUUGUUCAUAGUUAAUUUAAAGCUUUAUACAGCUGAUUCCCAUAACCCACCAAUAUGAGGAGCGUUUGAAUAGUUGUAAUAAGAGCGACCUUAGCUUUUGUAAGAGUAGGUGCGUCAAUGUAUCGCAUUGGAAGGAUGGUGAUCCCUUAACUUGCUUUUUGAUUUUAUUUAUUUUUGAAAAUUUAAGAAAAGUGUCGGUUUUUCGACUUUUUGAUACAACUGUGUUAUAUUUUAUGUUUGUUGGUGCGUAUGCACUAAUUUAGCGUUUAGUAACCCGUCUCCGCUCUAGGUUUUGCUCAGAAUUGGCUUUUUGUAUUCAUUAUUGCCGAAAGCCAUUCUGCGGGGCCUGUAUAUGCUUUUAAUAUAGAAGGAAGUUUCCCUAUAUAUCGAAAAUUCCUUAAUUGUGAAUUAAGGUUUGCAUUAUCCUCAAUUUAAGUUGGUAUGGUGGUAACUGGUUCUGAAACUAGUCCACUUAUAAUCCAAACGAAUAUAGUGUGCGCUAGAAGGGUGGUUUAUAUUUUUCAACACCUUUAAGUAAUAUUUGUGGUAUAAGGUCGCUGUCUAUUUGAGAUGGUUUGUUGCAGUCGGGAUCUGCUAGUUUUAAGUGUGAGACCUUCUGCCAAUGUUUGCUAUCUAUGUGAUAGCUUGAAAGCAUAUUUGUUAAUUGCGGUAGGACUAGGGAUCCUUGUGAUCCUUGGUCUUUUAAGGCUCUGAGUUUGAACAGUUCUCCUCGGUGUUCGAUGGAGACGAUGGCUGUGGGUAGUAGUACCAUAAUUUGAUUUUCGCUGUGUAGCGUUUGCGUUUUUAAUGCCUUUGAGCAGCAUGGUGUUUCUUGGCAAUUUUUAGAACUUUGCUUUUCGGGAUUUGCUUUUGCAAUUAAACCCGUGGUUCUUUGUGUAUAAGCGCUUCUUUGGGGUGAGAUUGGAUAUCUGCUGCGUAAAUCUGUGCCACAUGCGGGCACCUCGAGUUGGAAGCCUGAACUUGCCUUUUGACGGUCUUCUUGUGGCAGCUUCACUCUCGGAUAUGGAGUAGGUGCAAUUGCUUUUAUUAGCUAUAAUUGAUCUGAGAUCAUAGCUUUUGUUUCUUCUUAUUGGUCUCAGCAGUUUUCAUAAAUAUCGUAAGCCGAUGAUUUAAAAUUUUGAGGUAGAUCUGAAUUGUCAGAAUCUACUAUGGCAUCAUGAGCCGCUUGGAGGCGAGUCCAAAAAUUUUGACUUUUUAUUUCCAAUAACGAUUCCGAGUUUUCGUGAAUCGGUGAAGAGGCAAAUCUAGUGCAGUAUCUUGUUAAACUGUCACUUUCUGAAAUAAAUUUAAUAGCCUGUUUUGAGCGUGUAGCUUCCGCAAGUGUAUUUUGUUUUUUGCGUUAUUAACCAUUUUGGUUUUAUUUUAAUUUUUUAUCUGUAAAUAAUCAAAUUUUUUUCUCUCAGUGGAACUGAUUUAAAUAAGGCAAUAGGGUAUUGCUUGAAACCGAAUACUCUGUUACGUAAAUAGAGUUUUGAAUUAUAUUAUAUUAUUGAAUUUGAUUAUCUUGCUAAAAAUGUUAGUUUUAUUAAC